GGCUCUGUUUGGUUGCCAGGAAAAUCAUCUCAUUGUUUUCCCGCAACCACACAUUCUGGAAUCUCGCUUUAUUUCCAUUUUUUCUCUCUCUCACAAUGAUCUGAUUGUUCUCUUAUUUGUUUUUUCGCGUUUCCAAUUGAAGGCUUCAUGGGGAAGGAUAAUGAAGUUUCAGCUAUGGAGGUUGAAGAUUCAAAUUCGGAACAGAUCACUACCAAAUUCUCGAUCAACGUAUUGCAGCUUCUGGAGUCAGCUCAGAUGCAGCAUGGAUUGCAGCAUGGAGAUUACACUCGCUAUCGGAGAUACUGCACGGCCCGAUUGAGGAGGUUGUAUAAAUCAUUGAAGUUCAAACAUGGCCGUGGUAAAUACACUCGAAGAGCAGUAACUGAAUCCACUGUCACUGAAGUGAGAUUUCUUCAUGUGGUUCUUUAUAUGGCUGAGAGAGCCUGGAGCCACGCCAUGGAGAAAAGACAGCUUCCAAAUGGCCCAAACGCAUGCCAGCACAUCUAUUUAAUUGGCAGACUGAGGAAGGCUGUAAAAUGGGCGAAUCUUUUUUGACAUUUGUGUGCUAUUAAAGGAGAUUCCAGAACAUCCUUAGAAGCUGAGGUGUGUCUACAAUUUGAUGAUUUCUUUUACUUACUUUACACCUUUCAUUUGUAAUGAUUGGAGUUUGGAAAAUAUAUAGCUUAUGCUUGC